UAACCUCUCUCUCGUACGCAGGAUGUUGCAACAGUUCGACUCACAGAGCUAGUAAGUUCGACGAAAAAACAGCACAAGGCAUGUCAGUUCGCGCAGAGCAUAUCAGUCUUUCAAUUCGUGAGCUCGUCAGUUCACCGAUGGGAUCCGCAGCUCCCAGGUGGUUCACAGCCGCCGCCCUAGUCCGUUCAUCACUGCCAAUCGAGGCCGUUCGACAAUGCAGCGUUGAGGUCGGUCAAGGACGCAAUGUGGCCAUGGAUGCGCCCAGCGAAGGACAGCGAAAGGCAAAAAACAACCUAGUGCAGCUGCUUGCCUCCUCUUCAUAUCCCAUACCAGAAAACAUCCUUCGCCCCCUCUGUUUUCUUAAUUCAGAUGAGGUUCCUUGCUACCUGAUGGAUAUGUGA